UUCUCGGCGCUUUUAUAGCGGUCGGGAGCGCCUGCUUGGACCAGAGUCAGUGUCACGGCGACGCCAUGAACACCUCGCGAGUGAUCUUAGUGAUUGUUGCCUGCGCGGCCCUCACCUUGGCACAGCGUUUCCAAGACGAAUUUAGCGAGUGCUUCACUCCCUUAGGAGAAGAGGGAUUGUGCGUGUCCAUUCGAAAAUGUCCAAAUCUGCUGACUCACUUGAGCAGAUCGAAAUACCCCGGCGGCCAACAAUCAGCCAUACUGUUGCGGGAAUCUUUGUGCAGCUUCAGAGGUCAAGAUCCGAUCGUUUGUUGCUCGGGACGCAUUUCAGGCACCAGGCCGACGCCGGGGCCAGAAAAUAGACUGACCGUCUGGAAACCUAACAAUGGGAGCGGCGGCAACGGCGGGAGGAUAAUUCCCUUCUCUCCUGCGCCAAAAACUGGUCAUUUUGCUCACAAAAAUGCUAAAUUACUGCCCGUAAAUUGCGGCGACUCUUAUAUCCACAUAAGAAUCGUCGGUGGAAAGCAAACGGACAUGGGCGAACACCCUUGGCUCGCCGCCAUUGAGUAUCGGACAAGGCGUGGAGUUGAAGUCCUGUGUGGCGGGGCCCUAAUCAACGAUCGUUACGUCCUCACCGCCGCCCACUGUAUCCGAGUUCCCCCUGGAAAUACACUACUUGCUCUACGACUUGGAGAGCACAACCUGAUGACUGAGAGGGAUUGCUACCGAGACACGGCCGGGCGCGAAAAGUGCGCCGAUGAUCCAAUUAAAGUGGGCAUUGAAAGCGUUAAAGUGCACGAAAAGUACGACCCGAGUGCCCGGCACAACGACAUUGCGCUCAUUAGACUGAGUAGAAAAGUUUCAGCCACAACGUAUGUGAAGCCUGUCUGCCUUCCCCUAUCAGAAACCCUGUCCAGGUCAUUGUUCACGGGAACCAAAAAUGAAGUGGCCGGUUGGGGACGAACUGAAAACUCGCCUUCGAGUGACGUCAAACUGAAGGUGGAACUUUCGGUCAUUGAUAACCAGAGAUGCGCCAAACUUUACAGAGACCCGCACCCAAAUGUGCAACUGGACUCGACCCAGAUGUGUGCCGGCGGCGAACAGGGCAAGGACUCUUGCGGUGGAGACAGCGGCGGACCCCUGGUUGUCCUCAGAAACGAUACAUGGUUUGUGACGGGAGUUGUGUCUUACGGACCCUCGAACUGCGGAACACAAGACCUGCCGGGCAUUUAUACGCGAGUCACUUCGUACAUACCCUGGAUUCUUGAUAAUCUUGCGCCGUAAACAAAUUUUCCUCAAAUGCCAUACAUCCUGUGUGUAAAUAUUUAUGUGCGAAAGAGAAUGACAGAGUAAUUUAAUGAAUGGCUUUUACCAAACUGCGAUAUCACAAAUAAAUUUUAUUAUAUAUACUUUGUUUACUUUUAAGUGUUUGUUUUGAAUUUCCCAAUCCUCGGACGGCCGAAGGCGAAAUCGGCCAUUGCAAUUCAUAAUUUUCUUUUCGAUCGUAGUCAUCGCAGAGGAAUAACAAUCCUGUUAUUCUGAUGCGUUCAGUAAUAAUAAACAAUUUUUUUUUUUGCGCAAAGAUCCCGGUGUGUGCCAAUAAUUGCAAAUGACGUCUCAAGAAGAACAUCAUUAAAGACAAUUUAUCAAUUGUGAAGCAUAAAAUGAUUUUUUCUUACUUGCGUUUCUAUUAGUGUAAAUUGAUUGGAAUAAAAGGAAUAAAAAUAGAUGAUGAGUAACGCUCAAACAAUUACGCAAUUUUAUUAACUUGACUUCCUUCACACGCAC